UAUUAAUGAGAAAUACAUGUACACGUAAAAGAAAAAGGACAAAUAUAAUAUUUAUAACCUUUGCAAGGAUGGAUCUGUAAAAAUACCACACUCAACUGACACAUAUUUGAAUGGAUGGCUGAGAUCGUUUCCCAGCCCGACAUAUUCGAAUGGAUGGCUGAGAGACGCCGCUGCUCGUCUCGCCAUGGACCUCUCGCAGAUACUAAACACCCUUCGCUGCCGAAUCGUCUACGCCCGCUACAGUGCGACGAGCUCGUGCUCCAGGAAAGAUCCUCCAUCGCCUUCCUUAGGGUUGCCUCGCGGGGGAUCCCCUACCGGGAGGAAUGGCCCUUCGCAAUCCAUCUGCUGGGCGAACGAUCUGUAACCCGGCUUCUUUUGUUUUCCAAGAACGGCGCGAAGUUUUUGUGGAAGUCGAUGCCCCGAGAGAUGAAGGAGAGCGGACCGGAGCUCGUCGCCGCUUGGAAGAUCGGACAGUGCCUCUAGACUCGGGAUUAUGCCGGGGUUUAUGAUGCAAUCCAUGGCUUUGAGUGGAGCCCCGAAAUCGCUGGCUUGGUCAUCGCCUUCUCAGGUAGCAUCUCCCAAUAGAUUGCCGUUUCUUUAGAUUGGCUAGAUGAAUUCAUGUGAACAUGCAUUUCUAUUACUCCAUCUAAGCUAUAUAGCUCUUGAUUCACACAUAAUCUAGUGGAGUUGUGGAACUCCAAUAUUCUCUCA